AUGAGUUUACGAAGACAUUCGUCCGCAUCCAACGCGACGACACAGGACUCGCUGCAGUCUAGACAGGUCUCUCGAAUCUCAUUCAGACCACGUCCGAUCGAUGUCGCCAAGCCACUGCCAAUCGUCUGGACAGAGAUAGAGGAUGACGAGACACAGCGAUCCGUGCCCAUCAUGCCCACGGGCAUGGAGAGCAAUGAGGAGAGCGAGCUGCACAUCCAGGAGAUCAUCCAGGCGUCGAUGAAGAUGCGCCACGAGGACCUGCCCGAGAUCCCCAUUCCCGUCGUCAAGGUGGUCGACGGCUACGACACGGCGGAGAACCCCCACCCCUACCACAUGGGAUCGACCUAUGUGCUGUACAAGAUGCUCAACGACGACGAGCUCAACCUCACCACCGAAUACGACUUGGACAGCGACGACGAGCACUUUGUCAGCACACUGAAUCAGGGCGCGGGCGCCUCGGAAACAAAUGCCGCCGCCAACAAGCGCGGCCAUGCGGCCAACUCCGCGCUCACACUUGACCGCUUCGAGACCAUCAUUGAUAAGUUCGAGAAGGAGUUGUACAACCAUGGUCAAUGCGACGUUGCCAAAGCCGAACAGAUAUGCAAGGGAAUGAAGCCAAAUGUCGCGCAGGCAUUGCACACCUAUUGGAUGGAGAAGCGCAAGACCCGCUCCACACUGAUACGCAGGCUUCUGCGGCCUCCCGACCGUGAGGAUCCAUCACCUUACAAGGCGUUCCGCCCACGCGAGGUCGAGCUGAAGCAGAAGAAGGCCAGGAAGAACGACCAGGCCUCUUUCAACAAGAUGAACACAUUGCGCCAGGAGUUUGAGCGCGCCAGGACCCUGCUGGAGAUGCUAAAGAAGCGUGAGAGGCUCAAGAAGGAUCACUUUGCCGUCGUCCAACAGAUAUACAGCAAGCUGCGAGAGCUGGCCCAGGUCAAGCUGCUCGAGCCUGAGGAGAACCUCGUGUCGUCACCGCCGACGCAGCCUCGCAAGAAGAAGGAUCGUGCCACCGCCGAGGACCGCGAGGCAGCCGAAGCUGAGGAGACCAGCAGCGUCGUGGUCGGUCUGCCGCACAACUAUCCCGGUCCAGUGUUUGUAAAUAAGGAGCAGCAGCCACUGAUCAUUGGCAACGGCAAGGCACGCCAGGAGGGCUACCGACACUUUAUAUGCAAGCCCGGCCAGUUCCCCUCUCCCACUCUGGAGAAGAUCUACUCUAACGAGAUGAACUCGUCGCCCUCGAUCAAGACUGAGUCAAUGGAUGAGCUGGACCGCAUGGAAUCAGAGCAGUCAUCGCACGACCGCCUGGAGCAACAACUGAUACGCGAGAAAGAGGAGGCGGCGGCACGCUACUACAACUCAAUGGCGGUGCCCACGUCGUCCGAGUACUACGCCGACGACGAAGACGACGAGGGGAGUAGUGACGAGCAGGUGGUCAGCAAUGCAAACGGCCGCACCACCAUCCGCGUACAGAGGUCCGCUCGCUACCAGCCAUCGCUCAACGGUGGCAAGCGUCCGCCAGUCAACGUCAACCCAUAUAGCAGCGCACACUACUCGCUGCAGCUGCAGCCCAAGAUGGAUGGCCAGGGCAAGCCGAUCUACCCAUCCGUCAACAACGGAUGUCUGUUCAUCGGACCCAACCUGCCGCCAGUGUUUGGACGCGCACGCGUCGGCCUCUACGGUGCCACAUACAUCGACAUAGUCCCUGUGGACAAGGAGCUCAGGAUCAAGUACCUGAAGCAACAGAAGCAACUGCAAGAGCAACAAGAACAGCAACGACAACAACAUUUACAACAACAUAGACAGCAACUCCAACAACAACAACAACAAGUUGGACAACAUGGAAACGACAACAGCGGCAGUGGCGGCAACAUUAGCAGUAGCAAUAUCAAUAGUAAUAGCAAAGAUAGUAAUAACAUUACACAAUCAUCACCUUCCACCUCAACCUCAUCCACAUCCAACAAUGCAUCCCAAUCACAAUCACAAACACAAACACAAUCAAUCAUCGAUAUCGAUAUCGUCAAUCCACCAACAUCAUCUUCAGACUUACCACAAGCAUCAGCACCAGCACCAGCACAUCAUUCACAGGCCAAGGACACAUCGAGCAACAACAAUAUCCCGAUGAUCAAUGUGGACAUAAUGCCAUCAUCGACGAUCCACGCUUCCCAAUCACCUUCACCCAACACCCCAUCCACGCACACCGUUCUGGACUCUGACCGAACACCAAACCAAGCGCACAAACGCAAGACGGAGCAGCACGGCGAUGUUACCCAGUCGUCCUAUGCAGACUGCAACACCAGCUUUGACAAGAUGACAAAGAUAACAGACUACAACAACUUCAUUACAAAGAACCCACAGGCCAAUGGACACCAGGCCGGCAGCAGCAGUUUUGGACACGGAGGCGAUAGCUCUGUCCAACAACACAAUGGCGGUGACGGCGGUGGUGUUGUGGCACACACUACACCUUCCAGCGUGACACUGUCCUCGCCACUCUCACAGAAGAAACUAAAGACAACGCAUGGCACACCAAACAACAAGCAUAGUAGCAACAACAACAAGAAACAUACCAAGUCGCCAUCAUCAUCAUCUACAUUCCAGAUCGACCAGUACCUCACCAAGAAAGUGCACACCACUCCAACCAUCAUGUAA